AUGGGCCGUCCGAACCGCACCGCCGCCCAGGCCGCCGCCGACGAGACCCUCGUGCCGCCCGCCGUCCUCGCGCCGAACCAGACCCUCGUGCGCGUCGUCCGGCCCGAGGGCAGCAACCUGUUCCUGUGCGCCCUGCCCGGUGCCGGCGGCCAGGCCCGCGAGACCAUCCUCCUCGAGCUCGCGCAGCGCUUCCGCAACACCGUCUGGCUCAGGCGCGGCGGCUUCGCCCUCGCGGAGCGCUACGAGGAGGGCGCUGCUGAUACCCGCGCCCAGGGCGAGAUCAUCAACGUCGUCCGCGGCGAGAAGGACUGGCGCAAGAUGCCGUACUGGCCGAAAGAGUUUGCCAUGGCAGUUUACGACGACGAGGACGACCAAGAAUCGACGGUAGGCAAGAUGCCGCCCAGCGACUCGGAAGACGAAUAG